UGAAAAAUUUGAUAGUUUUAAUCAAAACUUAAGCUCCUCAUUAUCAUUUAGUCAAUUUAGGUUUUAGAGCUAUGGUUGGAGCUAAGUACUGAAAUAACUAAAAUUUUGUUCUAUCCAAAUCUCUCUUUGAAAGUAGGUGUUACUAUUUAAAGACAUGCUAGUUGUAUUGCUCAUGUGUACACUAAAAAGGUUAAACAUUUCAAAAUUUUAGAAAAAAUGUGAAUUUAAUUAGUCCCUAACUGUUAUAAAAAACACCCCAUUUCAAUCCAAUAUCGCUGUACAGAAUUAUAUACCUUUUAAUGGAAUCACACUAUAUAUUUUUAUAAUGCUUUUGUCUCUCAAAAUAUAAUCGAAAUGUUGUCAUUGGGUUUUGAACUACAUGAAUUCUAUCAAGUAUAAAUCUAGGUUAUGUGUCUAGCCACUUUUCUUUAAACUUAGUUUUUCUACCUAACUAAACUCCAAAAUGUCUUAAUAUUUUGUGUGUGAGUGUGAAUCAUAGCCAAAGUGAAAUAUUUGUAUAAUAUUUAACUUAAGUGCUAACCCUAACCAAGCAUAAAUGAACUGAAUGACUGUAGUAAAUGUACACCACUUCUUCAACCAAUUACUUUGUGUAAUUAACUGAGUCCAGGGUCCAGAUAAUACAUAUGUUAAAUAAGCUGAUAGUCCAAUAAAUGUUUUACAGAAAAAACCUUCAUGCAGCAUAGUUCAAUUGAAUGUUCACAAUAUAUUUCAAUAUCUACAAUGGAACAUACUUCAUGGCAAUCUACAGUGGAGGAGUUCGAGGUUAAUGUUAAAAUUGAAGCUACUAACGAAGUUCAAAUAAAAACUGAGCAAGACAACAGAAUUAGAAAUAUUAUUGAGGGUACUACAUUUUCAAACUAUGUGGAAAUUGUUAGCGAAGAUCAAUUUAUUUGUAAAAUAUGCUAUGCUAAUUUUAAUAAUUUUGAAGAAUGUAUAGUCCAUAAAAAUUUAGCACAUAAAAUUAAACCUUACGUGUGUAAAGUUUGCAAUGUGCAAUUUGAACUUAUGGCCCAUUUGAAUUUACAUCUGGGUGUCCAUGUUGAUUAUUUACACAUGAGAAAUUCAUCCAUAAGUCCUCCGGAAAUUCAGUCUUCAUCUAAUGUAUCGAACAAUUUUACCCAAAACUUAAGUGUAACUGAUCCUAAUAUAAAUCAAAAAACAUUCAAAUCAUUUAAGUGUCUAAAUUGUGUGUUUGCAACAGGGUCUGAAACUAAAUUUCUUAAUCAUCAUAAUAUUUGUAGUAAUAUUUCAAAUAGAACUUCCAACUUCUAUCAAUGUAAUUUGUGUACUAAAUCGUUCAAAACUCAUGCAGCAUUAAAUGGUCAUUUGAAAUACCACACUUAUAGAAGUGAAACGACUUCAAGGAGACAACUGGCAUUAGACAAAAAGAAAAUGAAAAGUCAAAAUAAAAAUAGUAGUGGAAAAUCUCAAAAAUACUUUUUACCGAAGAUUAAUUUGAACAGAAGUUUUAAGUGUAAAGAUUGCAAUCGUCAUUUCACAACACGCAGCAAAUUAAAUAUUCACUAUAAGCAACACAAACAACAAAUGAUAUGUAAUAAGUGUCAUAAAAAGUUUGUAUUAAAGAAAAAUUUUGAAAAACACUUACUAUCACACAUGUCAAAUGAUAUUUCUAAUGACACUUCAUUUAAUGAAAGUCAUUCGCUACAUGACCAAAGAGCAAUUACAGGAUCAAUAGAACACAGAUCUGUUUCUGAAGCAAAAAUAAUUACGAGCACAGAUGGCGAAGGUGAAAAACAGCAUAUUUCAAAAAUUGUAAAAUCAUUUCAAUGUUCCUAUUGCAGUAAUUAUUUCAAAUCAAAACAAUCCCUGAGUCAACAUAAUAGACAGCACCAUUCUCGUUUUAAACUCCCUGCUCGGAAGCUAAAAUCAAAAACUGUUGAAUGCGAUUGGUGUAGUAUAGUAAUAACAAAAUGUAACUUGCUUCGUCAUAUUAAAUCUUUGCAUCCUGAAAUCAAUCCUAUAAAAUGUCCAUACUGUCCAGUAGCAUUUAAAGAUUCUUUCUCAUUGAAAUUACAUACAUCUAGAUAUCAUACAAUUUGAGUUUAAUGCUUGAUUCGCAUGCAUUUAAUUAAUUUAGUUAAAUCAUUUGAAAAAGGUGAGAUACAUAGGACACUGUUGUACAAUGUAGACUAAUUUUUCAGAAUAUUUUUAUACAUGCAUUAUUUUUUAAUUUCUGUGUUUAUAAAUGAUGUAAGUCUACUUUUAAUGAAUUAAUUUUAAUAUCUUAUUGUGAACCUUAAGUUAUAUUUGUAUUGUAUUUCUUAUUUAUAAUUAAGUUAUUUUUUCCAUUAUUUUAUUGUCACAUGACCGAGACGUGGCAGCAAUAACAAGACAUCUCCAAUUUUAAAUAAUUUUUCAGGUGAAACUAAAAAUAAGACCAAUUAAAAAAAAAAUAUGUAUAAAAGUGUUUUUGGCAACAUGUGUUAUUAUUGCUACCACGUUUAUUAAUGAUUAUUUAUUUUUAAAUAUAUUUAAUGUCAAUGUAAAAUAAUAAGCUAGCGUAAUGAUUAUUGAUACUUAAUUGUCUCCUCCGGUACUGGUGUUUUAGUCCUUGAACUAUCUACUAAAAUAAAUACUAGUUAGUUUAAAAUAUAUGGUUUUUUU